UGCCCAAAAGCAGAAAUUUCUGGAUAUCCUGAAGUUGCAUUUGGUAGUGGACAAUCGACUCUAUGUGGAUACGGUUAUAAAGAAAAAUCAAAUGAAGAUUUUUCAAGCUCCCACAUAUUCCAAGGGCAAAAGCAUCUAUUUUAAUGUGGCCACAAUAAACAACAAUAGAACAAUGACUGUGGAAGGAGGCGGUGUCAACGCCACCGUUAUUCAGCCGGACCUUGCGGCCAAAAACGGCAUUAUUCACGUCAUCGACAGAGUUUUGGGAAUUCCGUACACCACUGUUUUGGACAAGCUACGCAGUGACCCCAUGUUGAGAGACACUUUGUACUUGGGUAACCAGGAAGGCUUCAAUAACCAACUUAACGAUUUAAACAAGAAGUUUACUUAUUUCGUUCCGCGCAACAAAGCUUGGGAAGACGCUAAGGUCGUAAUGCCGUCCGCCAUCAAGAAACUUUUUAUGAGGGAUUUCGCAUACCACGCUACAACUACUUUACAACGGCACCUCGUUAUAUCAGACGUACCAUACACCAUGGAAAGAAUCAAGCAAUUAUCUAAGGCUAACGAAACGGUUCAAAACUUAGGACCUGGCAACAAUAUUGUUCAUCAACCGGGCAACGUCGAACUUCCCACAUUGAGAGGAUCCCUGAAACUUUAUGUGGAAGAACGUGCAGAUAACAGUUUAAAGCGUAGUUCUGGUUCAGCUUACGUCAUUCACUGGAACGAACAAAAAAUACCCGUUUUCCGAGCCAACGUCGAAUGCGUUAAUGGGAUCAUACACGUCAUCGACGCUCCAUUCUUGAAAAAAGACGACAUCAGAGUUAGCUUUGGAAGUUCUUUGAAACCAACUGCAGCCUUUGUGCUGAUAGCUGCCGUACUCUCUUCGAAAUACAUAUUACAUUAAUUAUAUUUAUUUUAUUAUUAAGGUAUAAAUUGAUUUUGUAUUUGGAAUUUUCAAAUUACGUUUUUAUAAAAACAUUGUGCACUUGACUUGGUUACGUCACUAUUUGCUUUAAUAAGUUUUUGUUUAUGGUUUUUAUAUUUUAUAUUUACACUUAAAUAAUUAGCUAUUUCAGUGUAAAUAUAAACGAUAG